AUGCUGGCCAGUGAUCCUGCGAAAAAAAAUUCGUUUAAUCGGUCCAUCAAUAAUGGUGAUUUGGUUAUUGUUUAUGAAAGGCAUGACAACAUGAAGGCUGUAACGGUGUCUGAGGGGACAGUCCUGCAGAACCGAUUUGGUAUUUUUAAGCAUUCAGACUGGCUUGGAAAGCCAUUUGGGUCCAAAGUUUUCAGCAACAAGGGUGGUUAUGUGUACUUGUUGUAUCCUACACCAGAAUUGUGGACGCUUGUUUUAAGCCACAGGACUCAGAUUCUAUAUAUUGCUGAUAUUAGCUUUGUUGUCAUGUACUUGGAGAUUGUUCCUGGUUGCUUGGUUCUUGAAUCUGGAACUGGAAGUGGAUCAUUAACUACUUCACUGGCAAGGGCAGUGGCUCCUACCGGACAUGUCUAUACAUUUGAUUUCCAUGAGCAAAGGGCUGGAUCAGCUAGGGAUGAUUUUGAGAGGACUGGUCUAAGCAACUUAGUCACUGUGAGAGUCAGGGAUAUUCAGGGCGAGGGAUUUCCUGAUGAGUUCACUGGCUUGGCUGAUGCGGUAUUUUUGGAUCUACCUCAGCCUUGGCUAGCUGUUCCUUCAGCUGCAAAAAUGUUGAAAGAAGAUGGCACAUUGUGUUCAUUCUCCCCAUGCAUUGAACAAGUUCAACGUUCAUGUGAAGUGCUUCGAACCAGCUUCACUGAUAUAAGGACUUUUGAGGUACUUCUCCGCGCGUAUGAAGUUCGAGAAGAUAAACUGGAAAGCAUAGAGGGGAAUGGUGAUGGCUCUAAUGGUUCACUUCCUUGCAAGAGGAGACAGUGUUCAGAUGGUGGCAAUGUGAUGAGUAGUCCUAUUUCAUCUGUUAUGGCUAGACCAUGCAUUGAAGCUAGAGGUCACACGGGCUAUCUCACAUUUGCAAGACUUAGAUGUCUCAUAUGA